AUGGAGGAGGAGCCUGCAACACAAGGCUUUCUCUACGAAACCCUACCGGCGCUCUCUCUUCCCACCGCCAAUCAAUCUCCGCCUCCCGAUGACCUGGAACCGUACUCCGUUUUCCGCAACGAGGUUACUCUCUCCACUCCCCAAUGCGCUCCGGUGGACACCGCCGCUCCCGAUUUCUUCUCACUCGACGUUGGUGCCGACGAAGCCGAGCCAAAUUGGGUCUCACCGUCUCGUACCCUUGCAGCCGAGCCGAGGACGCCGCUUCACCAAUACGAGCCGACGACGCCGGCUCUUGAAGUCGAGCCAAAGCUCGAGAGCGGGUGGUUUAGGGGCCAUAGUAAAUUCAAGAGUCCUAUGCUUCAGCUUCAUAAAGAAAUUGUGGACUUUUGUGAGUUUCUCUCUCCAACUCCAGAAGAACAAGAGGCACGCACUUCAGCAGUAGAACGUGUCUCUCAGGUUAUCAAAUAUAUAUGGCCUCGGUGCAAGGUUGAAGUUUUUGGGUCCUUCAAGACGGGUUUAUAUCUUCCCGCUAGUGAUAUUGAUGUUGUCAUUAUGAGGUCAGGCAUACCAACACCGCAGCAAGGAUUGCAGGCCCUUUCUAGGGCAUUGUCACAGAUGGGAUUGGCAAAAAAGAUACAGGUGAUUGGAAAGGCACGUAUUCCUAUUAUUAAGUUUGUAGAAAAAACAAGUGGCAUUGCCUUUGACAUAAGUUUUGAUAUAGAAAGCGGACCAAAAGCUGCAGAUUUUAUCCAGGACGCGGUAUCUAAGUGGCCUCCUUUGCGACCAUUAUGUUUAAUCUUAAAAGUAUUUUUACAACAGAGAGAAUUAAAUGAGGUGUACUCUGGUGGAUUAGGUUCUUACGCCCUCCUUACGAUGCUCAUGGCAAUGUUGCAUAGCCACAGAGAAUGUCAAGCUUCUUCCGAACAAAACUUGGGAGUUCUUUUGGUAAACUUCUUUGAUUUUUAUGGACGCAAAUUGAAUACUUCAGAUGUUGGUGUAUCGUGCAAAGGGGCAGGGACCUUUUUUAAAAAGAGUGUCAAAGGGUUCAUAACCAAAGGACGACCAUUUCUUAUUGCCAUCGAGGAUCCCCAGGCACCAGAGAAUGACGUUGGGAAGAACUCAUUCAACUAUUUUCAGAUUAGAUCAGCUUUUUCAAUGGCUUAUACUACAUUGACAAAUCCUAAGGUCAUCCUGUGCUUAGGCCCAAACAGGAGCAUUCUCGGUACCAUAAUUAGACCUGAUCCUACGUUGGUGGAACGCAAAGGAGGUCCCGGGCUAGUAGCUUUUGAUAGCUUACUUCCUGGAGCAGGGAAACCACUUCAGCUAGAGCAUGAUGGGCAGGAGUUUAUGUGCAAUUGGCAGUUAGAUGAUGAUGAUGAUCCCCUGCCGCGGGGAGAUGAUUCUGCUGGAGGUGGUAGUGGGCGAUCAUCGGGAAAGAAGAGGAAGGCUUCUUUUAAAGAGAAUUCAGGUAAGAAGGGAAAAGAAAAUGGUGAAGUGGGGAGGAGAGAAAAUGGCUCAAAGAAAGAGAAGACUAGGCGUGAUGAAAAUAGCUCAAGGAAAGAGAAGGGAAAAAUGAAGAAAAUUAGGAGACGGAGACAUUCCCAAGAUAAUGCCAAUUGA